CUUUCUUCUUUCUAAAACACAUACCUCUCUACCUAUCCUGUACUUGCCUCGAGCCUUCGACUUGCCAUUUGUCUUACGGCUUACCUACUGAAGGCACCUCACUUUGGUUUAGGAACUUGAAUACGGGUCUGGCAGACGAUGGAAUGAAACCUACAAAGAAGUCGGAAACCACCCGUAAUGUCGAACCGCCAAAGCCCCCCGAAAUAAAGUACGGGGCCCUGGAAAUAUGGUCACCUGCAAGUUGCAGCCCAUCCAAGUACCUCCCGUCUCGUCCUGUCUGAAUCGAAGCACCAAGCCCGAGAUUCCCUUCCGAGGGGAGCCAUAUGCUCAAGACACUGUCGCUUGCUACGUUACGGUCGAUGAUCCGGCGGGCACAGAUUGACAACCUGGAACACGCCCUAUCUCGCUUGAUAAGGAACAAUAUUCCGUACCCAAUAUGGAAAGACUGCCAAAGUUCCCUAGCUUUCUGCCUUGCCACAUCAUCACAAGUACGAACACUUCACCUCUGUUCAAAUCUCAUCACCGCCAGGUCCUUGUUGCUCGAAUUCUGCCUUAGAGACGGCCUCAAGCCUCUGGCGCAUGUCGGAUCAAGUUGGACAAAUCUGGUGCUGCACUGCUUCCGCUGCGACAAGGACGUUCUGGAUGAUGGCGUGGUAGGGCACAGUCUCCAAGUACCUCCAUCCUGCGCUUCGCCCAGGCUCCACUCUCACACACUCCGAUAUACCUCUAGGAAUACAGGCGCUGAGGCGGAAAUCUUGUACCUCUGGAGUCUGGAAGGCACGAAGGGUAACAGAUAUCCGUAGAUAUUCCCACCUCAGGUCUAGAGAAGGAACUGACAUAGAUGCUCUUGAGCCAUUUGGAAGAGGCAUGAGAUGCAGCGAGUUAUGACACUUUCCCGGCAGAGACAAAUAGA